UGGAAAAUCAAACUGAAAACGAAAGUACAAGUUGUAUGGGUUUUACCAAAACAAAAACGCAAAAUUGAAAGGUUAAAAAUGGCGGACAGUAAAUUCUGUGUCGGUUGUCAGCGGGGUGAGGAAGACAUAAAUGCAGUAGCUUGGUGCAGUGAUUGCAGUGAACUUGUGUGUAAGGUAUGUGCUAGAGUCCACCAAAGGAUGUCUCCGCCUCACAAGGUAAUACCAAUGAAAGAAAUACAGCAACUUAGUUCCUCGCUUCUUAAUUUGUCCAAGAACUGUGAGAAUCAUCCCGAAGAAAAAAAUGUACUGUACUGCUGUCAACAUGAUAAGGUUAUAUGUGAUUCCUGCGUAACGGUAUCACAUCAAAAUUGCAAGCCUGUCAUUUCAAUUGAAAAAGCUGCCAGAGGCGUUAAAGUAGGUACAGCUAUUUCUGACCUCGAGCGAAGGCUUGACAACCUAUGUCAAGUCACAGAGAACAUACUGAGUCACUCUGAAGCAACACUCGAAGAAUUGACAAAAAGUCGUAACAGCAUCAAGAAAAGAGUGUCGGAAAUCAAACAUAAAUUUAUUGCUCAUUUAAAUAAGUUAGAAGCAGAUAUACAUAAAGACAUUGACAAUAAGUAUAAACAUUGUAACGACACAGUGUCCCGAAAUAAAGAUAACAUCCAGUCAAGUGCUGACUCGCUGUCAAUAUGGAAGAACGAUCUUAAAUCACUGAGGCAACAUUUAUCUGAAAUUCAUUUAUUCCAAAUGGUAAAAUUUCUAGAUGCAAAAACACACAAUAAAGAAUUGGAAAUCAGAGAGAUUCAAAAAGCAACUGUUUCGUUACUAAGAUAUCACCCUCCUGAGUCUGAGUUAAACAUACAAAAAUUACUUCCAGACUUUGGUAUAAUAACGCUAGACAAUUCACCAGUACCAAAGUCUGUACUUGAUAUCGAUCAACAAGGUCAGUUUCUUGUCAGAGACCAUCAAAUGUUAUCCUUAACACAUUCAUUCAAAACCACAAAACUAGGUGAUGUAGUGAGAAUAUACAGAGGUUGCUUUAUUCCGGAUAAUAGGUUACUCCUUAGUCAGUUAAAAGAAAGAAAACUCAUUGUUUGUAAACUUGAUGGAUCCAUACUGAAAAUAAUUACUUUGGAUUAUGAACCACAAUGUAUAACCUUGUAUGACAACAACCACGCUGUAGUAUCUCUAGGUCGUGGUGGUAUCCAGAUCAUCGAUCUGACAACAUUAAAGCCUGGUAGGAUAAUUAAAGUUGAGGGAUAUUGUCAAGGAGUCACCUGUGUAAAGGAUAAGAUCUGGGUAAGGAAUCAAUCCAAAACACCAACCGUAGUAGAUAUGAAUGGUAAAGUACUUAACACAAUAAAUACAUCAUUUAAACCUUGGGAUAUUUGUUCCAACAAAGAAGGUGAUGUCUAUUGUACAGACUGUGAUAGUGAUAAAGUCUUCGUCGUUACAUCGGAUGGAAAAGAACGUGAGAUAUACAGCAGUUCUGACUUGAAAAACCCUCACGGUGUGGUUGUAGAUAACAAUGGUGAUGUGUUUGUUGCAGGAAUGAAUUCGAACAAUAUUCAUAGAAUAUCUCAUGAUGGACAGACUCGUGACUUUAUCCUGACAAAAGACGAUGGUAUCCAUGCACCGACCGGUUUAUCUUACAACUGUGACACGGGAGAACUGUUAGUUAUCAACAACAAUUAUAAAUCAGUAAAUAUUUAUAAAAAGAAGUGAGUCAAACUUCUAAACUUCUG